AUGGUCAACUCCUGUUGUGGCUCCAUCUGCUCUGACCAGAGCUGUGGCCACGGCCUCUGCCAGGAGACUUGUUGCUGCCCCAGCUGCUGUCAGACCACACACUGCAGGACCACCUACUGUUGCCCCAGCUGCUGUGUGUCCAGCUGUUGCCACCCCUCUUGCUGCCAGACCACCUGCACCUGCUGCCGCCCCAGCUGCUAUGGCAGUUCUUGCUGCCACCCAAAACCUCCCUCUGACACCAUGGUCAACUCCUGUUGUGGCUCUGUCUGCUCUGACCAGGGCUGUGGCCAGGAGACUUGUUGCCGCCCCAGCUGCUGCCAGACCACCUGCUGUAGGACCACCUGCUGUCGACCCAGCUGCUGUGGCUCCAGCUGCUGCAGGCCCAGCUGCUGCAUCUCUAGCUGCUGCCAGCCCUGCUGUGGGGGUUCCAGCUGCUGUGGCUCCAGCUGCUGCCAGCCCUGCUGCCGCCCCACCUGCUGUGUGUCCAGCUGCUGCCGCCCCUGCUGUGGGGGUUCCAGCUGCUGUGGCUCGAAUUGCUGUGGAUCCAGCUGCUGCCAGCCUUGCUGCCGCCCCACCUGCUGCCGGACCACCUGCUGCCGCCCCAGCUGCUGUGGUUCCAGCUGCUGCCGCCCCAGCUGUUGCUAG